AUGGGGGAUGAUUCAUCGAUAAAUUUGGACAACUUGAGGGCUAAUUGGACUCCAUCUCAAGACCGAUAUUUUCUUGAGCUAUUGCUGUCCCAUGUUCAUAGAGGCAACAAAACAGGGAAAGUGUUUACCAGAUUAGCCUGGGUUGACAUGACUGAACAAUUUAAUAACAAAUUUGGGUUCAAGUAUGAUAUAGAUGUGCUGAAGAAUCAGUAUAUUAAGGCCCACCCUGAUGCUCAUGUUUUCAGAAAAAAAGUUGCUCCGUGUUAUAAUGAUCUAUGCAUAAUCUAUGGUCACGCAGUUGCUGAUGGGAGAUACAGUCUUUCAUGUUUUGACGAAGGUUUUGAAUAUGAAGAAAAUGCCUCGAAAGAACGAGAUGACCACACUAGCACUGGUAAAGGAGUGGAUGAUCCGACUCCUCUUACUCAUAGUCAAAGUAAAAUAGACUGGUCUCCAAUGAUGGACCGAGUUUUUGUUGAACUUAUGUUGGACCAGGUGCGUAAAGGGAACAAGGUUGGCCGUACAUUCACGAGGCAAACAUGGGGAGACAUGGCCGAGUCAUUUAAUGAUAGGUUUGGAUGUCACUAUGGUAAGGUUGUGUUGAAAAACCGUUUCAAUGUCCUAAGGAGGCAUUAUUCAUCUAUAAAUGUCCUCCUCGGCAAAGAAGGUUUCAGUUGGGACAAGACCCAACACAAGGUUGUGGCUGAUGACCAAGUUUGGCAAAAAUGCAUCAGGGUAAAUCACAAGUACCGGCUUUACAGAAUUAAAAGCAUGCCUUUUUAUUCUGGCAUGUGCAUUGUAUGUCGCGAUGAAGCUCCUGCAAAUUGCAAGUCAAAUCUUGAAAAGAAAUCUUAUGGCGGCAAGAACUCUGUCCCAGGCCCUAAUGCAUCAAUGCAUAUAGGCGGUGAAAAUGAUUUUACCGGAGAUACUCAGCCUCUCCCUUACACAGCAUUUCAUACAGGUGAUGAAAGUAAUUUUACCAAAGAUACGGAACCUCUCCCUGAUGCAACAUUCCAUAUAGGUGGCGAAAAUAAUUUGACUGGGGAUACUUUUUCUCUGCCUCUCCCUUAUGCGACAUUGCAUAUAGACGGUGAAAAUAAUUUGAUCAGAGAUACUCAGCCACCCUCUACCCCAACCUUGAAUCUUGGAAGUGGAAAUAAUUUUACCAGAGAUACCAUUAUUCAGCCUUUUGAUGAUGCAGCAUUGCAUGUAGGUGGUGAAAUUAGUUUUAGCAGAGAUAACAUUAUGCAGCCUCUCCCUAAUGAAGGAUUGCAUAUCGGUGGUGAAAAUAAUUUUCCUCGAGAUACUAUUAGUCAGCCUCUCCAUAAUGCAACAUUGCAAAUAGGUGGUGAAAGUAACUUUACCGGAGGAGCUCAACCUCGUGCCAAUGCAGAUAAUGAAGGCGGUGAAAGGAACUCUACCAGAAAAACUCAGCCUCUGACGAAUGCAGAUGAUGAAGGUGGAAAAAGGAACUCUACCAGAAAAACUCAGCCUCCGACGAAUGCAUAUAAUGAAGGUGGUGAAAGAAACUCUACCAGAAAAACUCAGCCUCCGACGAAUGCAGAUAAUGAAGGUGGUGAAAGGAACUCUACCAGAAAAACUCAGCCUCCAACAGUUGCAGAUAAAGAAGACGGUGAAAGGAACUCUACCAGAAAAACUCAGUCUCCGACGAAUGCAGAUAUUGAAGGUGGUGAAAGAAACUCUACCAGAAAAACUCAGCCUCCGACGAAUGCAGAUAAUGAAGGUGAUGAAAGGAACUCUACCGGAAAAACUCAGCCUCCAACGAUUGCAGAUAAAGAAGACGGUGAAAGGAACUUUACCAGAAAAACUCAGCCUUCGAAAAAUACAGAUAAAGAACCAUUGUUUGCAAGUGUUGGAAAAAACGUUACUAGCCAGAAAAAAAGACAUCAAACGAAAACCUCCGCAGCCUUUAAUGUGCCAAAGAAAGCAAGAAGCAACUAUAACGAAGGCAAUGUUAUGACGGUGCUUCAGGCUAUACCGGACUUGGAUGACGAUCUGAUAUUAGAUGCAUGUGAUUUUUUGGAAGAUGAAAAAAGAGCAAGAAUGUUUCUGGCGUUGGAUUCGAAUUUGAGAAAGAAAUGGCUAUUAAGAAAGCUUCGUUCAUAA